UUGACUCUGGGUCGUCUUUGUUCCGUUCUUGCUCUGUUCCUUUCUUCCUUCUUUGCCUUCUCAUCAUUCAUUCUUCCCUUUUUCUUACUUCUUUUAUUCAAAUUAAAAGGGCAAAGCUUUAGGCCAAAAAAAAUGUUGUUGGGUUGGUAGAAAGAGUAAGAGGGGAAAAGAGGGUCUUUGCUUCAUGGCUCAAGCUGGGAAGCUUUCUGGGUUUCGUCGAGAAGGCAAUGACUGGUUUUGCAAUGCUGAAUUGCCCAGCGAUAUAAGUGUUUCUAUCCAGGAUGUUACUUUCCAUCUUCAUAAGUUCCCUCUUGUAUCAAAAUGUGGAAAAAUUUCUCGAGCACAUGAAGAGUCCAAGAAUACCUAUGCGAAAACUCUGACUAUGGUGCUGGAAGAAUUCCCUGGUGGUCCUGACACUUUCUUAAUUGUUGCCAAAUUCUGUUAUGGGUUUCGUGUAGAACUGACAGCCAGAAAUGUAGUAUUGGUCUCCUGUGCUGCAGAUUAUCUUGAAAUGACAGAUGAAUUUGGAGAAGGUAACUUGUUGUCAAAAUCAGCGAGUUUUCUCCAUAAAAAUGUACUGCACAACUGGAAAGAUUGUAUUUUGACUCUUCAAAGUUCUGAGCCUGUUCUACCAAGAGCUGAAAAGCUUCAUUUAGUUGGCAAGUGUUUGAAUGCCCUAUCUAUGAUGGUUUGUACGGAUCCAAGCUUUUUUGGAUGGCCCAUGAUGAUGUAUGGGAGUUUACAGAGCCCUGGUGGAAGCAUUCUAUGGAAUGGUAUAAAUACUGGUGCCAGAAUCCGAAGCUCAGAAUCUGACUGGUGGUUCGAAGACGUUUCAUAUUUGAGUGUGAGUUUGUUUGAGAGGCUUAUUAAGACAAUGCAAGUGAGAGGUGUAAGAUCUGAAAACCUGGCAGGUGCCAUAAUGUACUAUUCUAGAAAGUACUUACCGGGGCUUGAUCGCUGGCCGGGUGGACAAGGUGGCAAAACCAGAACAAUUGCAAGUUUGAGCUUGACGCCUGCUGCUGUUGAUCAGAGGAUUCUGUUGGAAAGCAUUGAGAAACUUCUUCCUGAAAAAAAGGGAAAAUCCUUCUGCCGUUUUCUAUUGGGACUUGUUCGUGUGGCUUUGAUAUUGAAUGUUAAUCAAACAUGCAAGGACUUUUUAGAGAGGAGAGUAGGGAUGCAAUUGGAACUGGCAACUCUAGAUAGCCUUCUGAUUCCUAAUUAUUCAGAUUCUGAUAUACUAUAUAACACAGAAUGUAUUGAACGUAUUGUCCAUUAUUUUAUGUCUUCGGAAUCAAGUAUAACUGCCUUUUCUCCUUCAUCACUUGACCUGCAAGCAUCACCAUCAUCUGAAUCUUUAAGGAAAGUUGCAAAGUUGAUGGACAGCUAUAUUGCAGAAAUUGCUUCUGACGUAAAUUUGAAACCCAAAACGAUACGCACUCUUGCAGAGGCCCUCCCCGAGUCAUCAAGAUCAUUGCAUGAUGGACUUUACAGGGCACUGGACAUAUAUUUCAAGGCACAUCCUUGGCUCUCAGAUAAAGAGAAGGAAGAACUAUGCAGCAUCAUUGACUACCAGAAACUCUCAAUCCAUGCCUGUACUCAUGCAUCCCAAAAUGAUAGGUUUCCCCUCAGAGUUGUGCUUCAAGUGUUGUUCUUUGAACAGCUGCAGUUGAGAACAGCAUUAGCUGGAUGUCUCCAUGCAUUGGACAGUGAAAUUGCCCCCGAAGUUCCGGUAACUGCCCCAGGUGACUUGGCCGGCGAAAUUGUACAAAGGGAUGGAUGGGUGACUAUAGCACAUCAAAAUCAAGUUUUAAAGGUGGAUAUGGAAAGGAUGAUGUCUAGAGUUGGAGAACUUGAAGAAGAAUUUAGUAAAAUAAAGCAAGAAAUGAAAAGUGUGACCAAAUGUCAUAGUUCCCUUAGUUCUCCUCGAUUAGUUGCCAGGAAAAUUGGGUGUAAACUUGUUCCAAGAUCUUCAGAUGCUCAACCAGAAUCUCUUGACCGCACUGGACCCCCACCAAGAGCAUCAAUUGAGCGUGCAAGUCGAUCCCAUCAAUCUGGACACAGAAAAAGUUUUUCUUUGGUUUAAGUAAUAUAAAGAAAUCAGAAGUUCUUCUUUUCAUAUACAUAGCAGUGUUGUGUGGUUUUAAAAUUUUUGUACGAGGAAAGGGAAGGAAAAUGUUUCUUAAUCCAUUUCUUUUUUUUAAUUUUCACAACACAAGUUUACUGUUCUGGACAUUUUCUAUUUCUUUCCUCUAAAGUUGGUUGUACACUUCAUAGAGGCAAUUUUGACACAGAACAAGCAACAUCUUUCC